CAGAAAAUGUGUUGGCUCUAUUCAUAACUAAGUUAAGAGUAAUGAUAGUCGCGAUAGUAAAAUACAAUGGGUAGCUCAAAGAAAGGUUAGACGAGUAGGAAAGGAAUACCUAUAUAAAAGAAGCAUUCUCUUUUGGCUUUUUUCCUUUCAUUCAUUUCUUUCAUUCUUUCAGCUUUCUUUAUUCAUCUCUUAAUCUACGGGUUACAAAGGCGAACAGAUGAAAGACUUCAGCGUGCUAUUACUGCUAUUAGCGACAUCCUUAUCAUGUACAUUUGCUGCGACUAAUAAAGUCGUUGUAGGCUAUUUUCCAAACUGGCUUUACGACCGUUAUCCCGUGUCUAAAAUAGACUUUAAAUCAUAUACUCACAUUCAUUACGCUUUUGCUAUUAUGGUUAAUGGAUCUGUUCCUUCUUUCCCUGAUCCCAAAUUCAGCAGUACUCAGCUUAAAGAGCUCGUUAACACUGCUCACCAAGCCAACUGCAAGGUUCUCAUUUCUGUCGGCGGCUGGUCCGGUAGUAUUUCUUUCAGUAAAAUGGCUGCUUCCAAAUCCAGCCGCAAACAGUUCAUUGACUGGAAUCUUCAGCAGAUUGAAACAUACGGUACGGACGGUGUCGAUAUUGAUUGGGAAUAUCCUGGACGUCAAGGCGCUGGUUGUAAUCAGGUGGAUGCUGCCAAAGAUGUGCAGAACUUCUUGUCCCUCCUGAAAGAAUUGCGCAAAGCAACGGAUAAAAAAUUCGGUAAAGGCAAAAAGGAAAUUUCAAUGGCUGGAUAUGUGAAAGCCUUUGAAACCGACAAGGGUCCAUCUUCUUCAGCGCUGGUCAAGUCCAUUGGUGAACAGUUAGAUCGUGUCAACAUCAUGACUUACGACAUCAACGGUGCGUGGAAUCCAAAGACCGGCCCCAACUCUCCUCUCUAUGCUUCCACUACAGAAUCUGGCAGCAAUGGCUUAAGCUUUCAAUCUGCUAUUGAUUACUGGGUACAAAACGGUGUACCUUCUUCUAAACUGACAGGCGGUCUUGCAUUUUAUGGUCGUUCUACUACAGCUAAAGUGGAUAUGAGAAAGUCGCGUUUAUUGUAUCAGGAUCAAGUCAGUGGCACGGUUCCCCAAGGUGAUUCCUUUGACGCUGUUUGGCAAGACCCUUAUUGUGCACAAGAACCUGCUGGCUAUUCUGGUAUAUGGCGUUUUGGUAGCUUGAUUUCUCAAGGCGUGCUGAGCACACCCAUGAAGGCCAAAGCUCCCUGGAUCAGAACGUGGGACAAUGCAACGAUGACCCCUUGGGUAUUCAACCCGCAAACAAAAGCCUUUAUCUCUUAUGACGACCCUCAAUCUAUCAAAGCCAAAGUGGACUAUGCCAAAAAGAAAGGUAUCGCAGGCGUUAUGAUAUGGUCUAUAGAUCAAGAUUCAGAUAAAGGUGAUUUAUUGAAGGCGGUGAAGGGCAGCUAAGCCUUGUUUGUGUUAUGUAGAAUGCGCGAAUGUAUUUCUUAUGUAAUUAGCAAAUUUGUAAAAUUAUACCUUCGAUGUGAUGUUCUCUUUAUCCGGG